ACCCCACACGCCAUCCAUCCGCCACUGGCGUCUCCUUUCGCAAAGACCUCGUCUCUUGAGCAGUCGUCCAGCGAGCGCUAAUGCAAACGUUGUUCGCGUUUCGCCGAACUUUGCCCGCUGCUGCUGUCGGUGUCGGUGUAUUCUAUUAUUAGUCAGGGACGCCACCGAUGAUGAUUACGAAUAGGUAUGUCACGUUUUGUAUUUAUGUCAGUAGUGCACGAUGUGGUGUUGUUGUCAUCGCAAACGCAAGAAGGAUUUGACAACGAAAGAAGAACAACCCACCAAAACCCACAACACCAUCGAGGAGCUCAAAACCAAACUAACUAACAUAGAAACAGAAGAGUCUGCCAUCGAGAUGAUUCCGGAGAGUCAGAGAGGGCCAACGCACCACCCCCCACCGCCCCAUCUCAACGAGGACGGCUUGAUAAUUCCCCGGAAACCGCCAAAUCCGGUGAAGGAAAACAGCGAGCGCCAGAAUCUCCACAAAGAGUUGUUAUUUAAUCAGAAAAUUGGGAAAAAUGUACUCAACCAAAAAUCCGAAUUGCAAAAAGCGCUCGAAAAACAGAAGGAGAAUUUGGCGAAGAAACAACUGGAGAAUCAUUUGGCUGAUAAAACACCAGAGUUGGAGAAGGUGAUAGCUGAUAGGGCGAAGCGGUUGCAGGGCAACACCAACGAGGAGAAGAACGAGGACGACAAAGUGAUCAACAAGGAGUUCCUCCAGGCUCGAAUGAAGCUGAAGAACCGCAGCGAUUCCAAAUAAGACUUGACGCAUUUCCGUAUCAAAUCUUAGGUUUAUUUAACUGUUUUCUUAUUUUAUGUGAUAAGUAUUAGGUGUACUCAUUAGGACUUGUGUAAUAUGUAUCAUACUAUGCAAUAAAAUUAUUUUUUCUA